AUGUGCCAGAACACAGACAGACGCAAGUUUUCUCCUAACAUCCACCGAUGCACACCAGGCCAGGUUUCUGAGGCAGAUGCCACUGAAAAGGCCAAGCACCAAUUAGUGGCUGCGGGCAAGCGGGCGCCCUUCAAGGGUGACGGUGACGCAAGCGCCGGCGAGCGCCAGCAGCUGAGGACGGUUCAGUGGCAGCGCAGGCAGCAGUGUACAGAUGUGCGCCGACAGCGUGGAUGCCUCUCCGGGCUGCGGGAGCCACGGCACCUGCACGGAGCCCCUCGUUAUUCCCGACUGCUGCGGGAGACGCGGCAGCCCUUCGGGCACGCGCACGUAGCCCUCCCGCCCCGGCUGACACCCGCGCACUCGCCUGCACUACCGACACGCGUCCCAGAAUCGCUCCCUCUCCUUGCAGGCUCUGCCCGGACCCCCGCGCCGAGAGGGGCUGCUGCAGGGACAGGGUCCCCGGCAGGCAUCGAUUUAGCAAUGAAACGUGCUCCACGUGCGCAUAAAAAUAACCCCAGUCCGUCUGCCUCGGUGGAUGUGGUCGGUUUCCGCCUGCCAGCCGGUGCUGCGGGAGCGGGCAUCCAGGCGCGUCCUGGGGCACCCCGCGGGCGCCCGGCCCCGAGAGAAAGCGGCCUUCGGGCAGAAAGCCCAGGGCGGCUUUGCGGGCGGCGGGCAGGAGCCCGCUCUCUGCCCCCCUUACGCAGCCCCGGGCGUGAAACGCCGCACAAACGGUGCGCUGGGCUGAGCCACAGAGCCAGGUCCCCCGCACGGGAGAGGCUGCAGGCGUCUCAACUCAGGCGGCGAGCCUCCCAGAAGGAGCUGCGGAAGAGCUUCGCCCGCUCCAAGGCCAUCCACGUCAACCUCACCUACGACGAGCAUGUGCACGCCCGGGCGCAGGAGCCGCUGAGCAGCGUGCGGCGGCGAGCCCUGCUGCGGAAGGCCAGCUCCUUGCCCCCCACUACCGCCCACAUCCUCAGCGCCCUGCUGGAGUCCCGCGUCAGCCUGCCCCAGUACCCCCCCACCGCCCUGGACUACAAGCGCUACCUCAAGGAGCACAACGAGCGCCAGUUCUUCCUGGAGCUGGUCAAGGACAUCUCCAACGACCUGGACCUCACCAGCCUCAGCUACAAGAUCCUCAUCUUCGUCUGCCUCAUGGUGGACGCCGACCGGGGCUCCCUCUUCCUCGUGGAGGGGGGGGCCGCCGGCAAGAAGAGCCUGGUCUCCAAGUUCUUCGACGUGCACGCCGGCACGCCGCUGCUGCCCUGCGGCUCCACCGAGAACAGCAACGAGGUGCAGGUGCCCUGGGGCAAGGGCAUCAUCGGCUACGUGGCGGAGCACGGAGAGACGGUCAACAUCCCCGACGCCUACCAGGAUCGCCGCUUUAACGAUGAGAUUGACAAACUGACUGGAUACAAGACAAAGUCACUCAUGUGCAUGCCCAUAAGAAACAGUGAUGGAGAGAUUAUUGGUGUUGCCCAAGCAAUAAAUAAGACUCCCGGAGGUGCCCCUUUUUCUGAUGAUGAUGAAAAAGUGAUGCAGAUGUAUCUUCCAUUCUGUGGGAUUGCCAUAUCCAAUGCCCAGCUAUUUGCAGCUUCAAGGAAGGAAUAUGACAGAAGCAGGGCUUUACUGGAAGUAGUGAAUGAUCUCUUUGAGGAACAGACUGACUUGGAGAAAAUUGUCAAGAAAAUUAUGCAUCGGGCCCAGACUCUGCUGAAGUGUGAACGGUGCUCAGUAUUACUUCUGGAAGAUAUCGAGUCACCAGUGGUGAAAUUUACAAAAUCCUUUGAGUUGUUAUCUCCAAAAUGCAGUGCUGAUACUGACAACAGUUUCAAAGACAGCAUGGAGAAAUCAUCAUCUUAUUCCGACUGGCUAAUAAAUAAUAGCAUUGCUGAACUCGUAGCUUCCACGGGUCUCCCAGUGAAUAUCAGUGAUGCCUAUCAGGAUCCUCGCUUUGAUGCUGAAGCUGACCAGAUUUCUGGCUUUCACAUAAGGUCUGUUCUGUGUGUUCCUAUAUGGAAUAGCAACCACCAAAUAAUCGGGGUAGCUCAAGUAUUGAACAGGCUUGAUGGGAAACCCUUUGACGAUGCCGACCAGCGACUGUUUGAAGCUUUCGUUAUUUUUUGUGGCCUGGGCAUCAACAACACAAUUAUGUAUGACCAAGUGAAGAAAUCCUGGGCAAAACAGUCUGUGGCUCUUGACGUGUUAUCUUAUCAUGCAACAUGUUCGAAGGCAGAAGUUGAUAAAUUUAAGGCAGCAAACAUCCCUCUGGUGUCAGAGCUUGGCAUUGAUGAUAUCCAUUUUGAUGACUUCUCGCUUGAUGUGGAUGCCAUGAUUACUGCAGCCCUGCGGAUGUUCAUGGAACUUGGAAUGGUUCAGAAAUUUAAAAUUGACUAUGAGACGCUGUGUAGGUGGCUUUUGACAGUUAGGAAGAAUUAUCGAAUGGUUUUGUAUCACAACUGGAGGCAUGCUUUCAAUGUCUGCCAGCUAAUGUUUGCCAUGUUAACUACUGCAGGAUUUCAGGACAUUCUGACUGAAAUUGAAAUUUUAGCUUUGAUUGUGGGAUGCUUAUGUCACGACCUUGACCACAGGGGAACCAACAAUGCCUUCCAAGCCAAGAGCGGAUCAGCCUUAGCUCAGCUCUACGGCACCUCUGCUACCUUGGAGCACCACCAUUUCAAUCAUGCUGUCAUGAUUCUCCAAAGUGAGGGUCACAACAUCUUUGCUAACUUGUCCUCUAAGGACUACAGUGACCUUAUGCAGCUUCUAAAGCAAUCGAUAUUGGCAACAGACCUCACUUUGUAUUUUGAGAGAAGGACUGAGUUUUUUGAACUUGUCAGUAAAGGUGGUUAUGAUUGGAACAUAAAAAACCACCGCGAAAUAUUUCGAUCAAUGCUAAUGACAGCCUGUGACCUUGGAGCUGUGACCAAACCGUGGGAGAUUUCAAGACAGGCAACUGAGCUGGUAACCAGUGAGUUCUUUGAACAAGGAGACAGAGAAAGAUCUGAACUCAAACUCACGCCUUCAGCCAUUUUUGAUCGGAACAGGAAAGAUGAACUACCCAGGUUGCAGCUCGAGUGGAUUGAUAGCAUCUGCAUGCCAUUAUAUGAGUGUCUAGUGAAGCUGAAUGUGAAACUGAAGCCUAUGCUGGACUCCGUGGCAGUAAAUAGAGGUAAAUGGGAGGAGCUGCACCAAAAAAGACUUCCUUCUCAGGCAGCAUCCUUGUCCUCCUUUUCCUCUAGCUUUACCAUGUCUCUCAAAGACAUAAAUUAA